AGCCAUGUGGAGUAAAGUAUCGUGAGGGACGCCUUCUGAUUCUUAUGUCGAGCAAUUUAGAUCACCAUCACUUACACUUGCGCCGAAGCGUUGCCUUUACGUACUUAUGUGAAUGUGGGCUGAAAACGAUGAAGGUCGGUAUUUAAUGCGGCUUCCCUGCUGAAGCAAGGCAAAAUCUCGAAAAGCUACCCACACGACCCCUGCCACCGUCUGCAGAUACCACAAGAGCUGCACCACCUCUCUGAUGCAGGCACCAACCUCGGGGAGCAGCCCCCGCGACGGCGAGAUGCCCUUCGCGCUGGGUCAACGGGUGAGCGUGAACCGCCGACUCGGACAUGUGCGCUACAUUGGCACCCCGCCGUUCGCUCCCGGCAUCUGGGUCGGCAUUGAACUGGACGAACCCGUUGGGAAGAACGACGGCAGCGUGCAGGGCAAGAAGUACUUCAGCUGCAAGCCGAAGCACGGCGUCUUCGUCAAAGCCGAACAGGUCAAAGCGGAGGAGUCCGCGGCCUCGGUGGCCUCGAGUUCCUCCAGCCGCGCCGCCCCCUCGAGCUCGGCAGCGCCCGUGCCCAAAAGUGCCGCGGUAGGUACUUUGAGUAUUUUGUUCAGAUCGAGGAGAUUUUUUAUGUUCCUCAGCAUUUGGUUUUUUUUUUUUCUCGUGCUGUUUCGGAUUUGAAUUUUUUGCGCUUGCGCACGUUUCGCAUGGCGGAAAUGGAUGUAAUGUUCGCUUAUUUUAUGCGCUAAUCACUGACACACGACACUGGCGCCGGUUUGACGUAGUACUUCAUGAUCAGGGCAAAUAAAUUUUUUCAGCCGCCACUUCCUCUUCGUCUUCUGGUAGUUCGUCCGCGUCUUCGCGCGUGCCCUCCGGCAGUCCUCGCGACCAGCAACAUCCCGCAGCCGCGUCCAGUAGCAAAGCUUCUUCGAACAACAAUCCACCUGCGACAUCAGCGCAACAGGCACAGCCCGCGUCGGUGCAAUCCGCGCGUUCCGCGGCUACCUCGUCCAGUGCGGCAGCGGAGUCGAGCAGCCAAAGUGCGGCGGGGCAGCAACACGAACAGCAGUACCAAGCAUUGCGGAAGAAGUACGACGAUUUGAAGCGGAUCGCGCAGCAGUACAAGGCCCAGAACGAGUAUGGGAGCGUCAGGAUUGAAAUCGUCAAAGUUGAAAUACUUAGUUUGUCAUGUAUAAAAUGCAGCCCACAGAUUGCCUCUCUUGCAGAGUAGGCAAGUGAGGCAGAUUGUAAGCCUCUUGAGGGGUAGAAGCUGAGCUGCUAAAGUAGCAUGACAAACGACGUCUUCCUUACCCAAACAGCGUGACAAACUGGAUUUCGGUUCUACCCAAAUUUGUCAUGCGCCACUUGGAAGUGGGUUAGAAACUUUCAUCCCAUUUAUGCAUUACAUACAAGUUAUUUGAACUUUGUGUCGAUUUCAAUCUUGACACAUCCAGAACGAGGAACUGAAAAAGGCCUUAAAAGAUCACGCCUCCACCACCGCGGCGAACAGGACGCAGGCCCAAGCGAGCACGGAAAACGAGACGCUGGCGAAAGCGGAACUGGAAACCGCGCGGUUGGAGUUAGAGUUGAAAAGCAGCGAGAUUGAGGAACUGAACUUGAAAUUACAGGAGGCAGAUGACGCUGCGGGAAUGGUGCGGCUAAAAGGUCUUCUAUAUGGAUUUAUUAGCGUGGCGUGUUGAUCAGUCUCAGUGCGUGCUUGCUCCUGCAUGUGCUGCUAGGUGAGUAGUUGCAUCAUGUUGAACAACUAUCGAGAUGCAAAUAUGAUCAUUCUUAUCUCAAUCCUAGGUCGCGAGUCCCAGUCCACCCUUUCUGCCUACGAGGAGGCGCUGCAAGUUUUGAAAAAGGAUAUUGAGAGGAAAUAUCCCCCCUCCCCAUAUCGAAAAGGCAUGCUUCCGAAAAUUUGUGUUGCUGAUUUGAGACCACAAAUCACGUCUGUCUUGCAAGAAGACAAACGCAGAGGCUUCCGCGCCAUUAUGGAACCGAUCUGGCAUGCUGUUGGGCCUAGAGGACAGCCCUUUGUGAUGCUAAGUAACUAGACCCAAACGCCCCUCCCUAGGCUGCGGAUCUGGCUGCGAUGCCGUAUUGCAAGACAGCGCGCAUUUGUGUACACAAAUCCUGCAUCACAGAUUCCCAUUUGAUAUGGGGUGGGGGCUUUUUUCAUUUUGAUAAAGGAACUGGAAAAACGGGACCGGGAAGUGGAGCAGAAGGAGAGUCAGUUGAACCACCUCACUGCCGACCUGGCCGACCACAAGCAGCUCGCCCAGCUGACGUUGAAAAAUGAGGGGAACGAGGCAGAUUUGCAGAACUUGCAGUCGGAGAUGGUGGAGCUGCUGGAGAACCAGUUGGAGGAAAAAAACUCCGUUCUCGACCAAGUUCAGCUCGCGGUCAACGACAUGCAGGUGGAACUAGAGCAAGCCUACGCGGCAAACGAGGAAUACCGGGUAAAAGUGAAGGAGAUGGAGCGUAACUUGAAAAAACACCUGCACGUCGUUGAAGCGGCAAAGGAGAAAGGGAUGAAAAUUUCGCUCGGUAAGUACAUUGAUUCAAUCUUGUUCCCACGUGAGGACCACAUUUUGCUCAAGGAAACAUUCCGUCUUUGUGAAAUAGUACUCUGCCACCUUUGCAGAUGUAAUGCAUACUUACUUCGCACGAAGACGAACUUUAUCAGGCGCCGAUCUCCUUGCCGCGUAUUCCCGUUCCUACGCAGAGCAAUUGGAGAUUUUCCGUGCCUGUUUGCCCGACCAGAUCCAGACCCACGCUACUCCGCUGGAUGUUUCGGGCUACAACCUGAUCGCACAAGUCUCCGAAUUUAUCGCAGACUUCCUGUUCGAUUCUCUUCCCGACCGGUUUGACUGCGCGCCCAUCUGGUGGGUGCAGGUUGACCUGCGGAGCAUCCAGCACUCCCUCGCGAUUGUCUUAAAGACCCUGUUCGCAAAGUUGGACGGUGGAGAUUACGGAGUUGCAGCAGCAGCAGGAGAAGCUUCGGGAAUCAAAACUAGAAAAUUACGGCAAGACGUUGAGCAGGAUUUGAGCUUCAUCGCCAACGUUGCCUCCGACAUCCAAGAGCUCGAAUCCUUCUCCCACAAUCUCAUUUCCGCCCUAGAGCACCCGGAGGGCAUCAUUCCCGGGUCGCUGCAAACGCAGGCGGGCGCAAUGGCGGCAAAAUUUCAGAGUCUGGUAACCAAGGUGCUGGCGGGCGGGGAAUCCGAAGAUGAGGGGGAGGAGCAAGCGAGGGUUGGAAGUUCAUCUGUUUCCGCCUCCUCGACGCAGCAGAACCGAGAUAGAAUCCUGAGUGCGCCGAUGUUUCACCAGCUCUACGCCUUUGCGAGGUUGAGCAGACACAUUAUCAGUGAGGAGGACGACGACGAUGCGGCGGUUGGCGCGCAAAAGUCUGUGGUUUUGGAGCACUUUCGCGAUCUGAAAUUGCUUUUGGAGGAGAAAAAGCUUGUGCCGGCCUCUACUUCAUCAUCCGGCGGAGAUGCAGAAGUCGCCCAGGAUCUACUUGUUGGGAAGAAGAAAAUCAGUCAGCUGCAAGGAUCCACGAUUCCGGUCACAGUGUCAGGCUUCGCUGCGAGUGCGCAGGAGCGGAAAAAGCUGCAAAAGUCGCUCACUGCCUUGACGUCCUGGUUGCGUGCGUGCGAGGAAGAAUCGCAUCAGCUUGGAACGAGUACGACAGCACAAAAAAGCAGCAUUUCGAUUUUUGAGAAACUGGAAAAGACUGUAAGCGAAGCCCUGCUAGUUGUGGACCAGCUUGUGACUGGACCUGGUCCUGGAAAAAUAACAGAUGCAAAUAGCUCAGCAACUACGACAUACAAUCAAAACCAAGAACCAGAGUCGCAACCCGUACUACCCCGGCAGUGGGUGAAGAUCGCAACGAACAAUUUGAGUAUUGCGCUACAACAAAUGAACAACUUGAAGCCGGACAAUAAGAAACUACGAGAAGAGUUGGAGAAGUCGACGAAUGAAAACAAGAAACUCUCCGCCCAAGUAGCGGACUUGCAGGGAAAAACGAAAGAGCUAGACCAACAGGCCGCCAAGUUUUUCGUCAGCUCCGAGAUCGGAGACAUCGCGAAAACGGAGGUGGUAUCAAGUGUAAAAAUGUCUGGGUCUGGAAGAAUGCAACUUGUCAUGCUGUCUUUGGAUUGCAAAAAAAAUCUGUAUUGCGUGACCAGCAACAGGAGUCCAGUUUGUGUUACGCGGAGAGGGUAUUUCUCAUGCGGAAUAGGCAGCAGGAAGCCCUCUAAAAUCUGUGAUGUGAUACCGCUCGUCUUAAAAAAGGCCUUUAGAAUUUAUUCCCAUAGAUACAUAUUCACAAGCGCUUAAGUAGCAAUGCUAAGUUUUUUCCGAUUUAGUUUUCCCGUAGAAGUUUACUUUACGAGGUAGCUUAGCAUAUACUGGCUUUAGUAGGCCUCUGAAUGGCAAAGGGACGAACUGCCCGUAGACCUCCGAUGUGAUGCUAGAUCAUGCAUUACAUGCGUCAUGGAUCAUACAAAAUGUGCAUCACAAAUGCCGGAAUCUUCCAGACCCAGACAUUUUUACAGUUGAUAGGUGGUGCAACUGAAAAAGCAGCAAGCGGUGAUGGAAAACGUAUCCUGUGUAAAAACGUCUCCACACCAGAGUUGUAAUGCAGAUUUGCAAAGAGAAAGACAGGAAGACUUGUAAUGCGCAUCCCCAUGAGAGCCAUUUCCAAUCGUGUUUUGGAAUUUGUGAUGCUGUGAACAGGAUGAGCAGCUGGAUUUGUGAUGCGGCUGCACUUGCUAACCUGCACUACACUGCAGAGUGCAACUUGUCACGCGUGACUCACAAAACUCCUAGGUUUGUGUUGCAAAAUCCCCAUCCUGACUCUGGUGUGGGUACGUUUUUACUCAGGAUAAAACGACCUGCAGAUUCUGGUCGAGGAAUCGAAAAAACUGGAGAAGAAAUGCGUGAAAGCGAACAAGGAAAAAGAGAAAUACACGAAGAAAAUGGAGGAAAUGGAAAACCAACUGAACGACUUUAGGAACAACCAAAAAUCGAGCUCCGCGAAGGAAAUUAGUGCGUUGAAGCAGUUGUGUGCGAAGUACCGCCGGGACCUGUACGGGGACAGGAUGCAGAGGUUUCAGUCGAACUAUUUGGUUGACCUCAUCUCCUCAUCUUCUUCUGCCGAUGACGCUGCGGGAGAAGGCGCGGGUGGCGACUUUGUGGGCGGCGGAAGCGAUGCCAGUGGUGCGCAACUGAGGACUAAUCUUCAAGAUAUCGGUCCUCGGCAGGACCACCUCCUCCCGAAUCUUCUCCAGCUGGCGAAAACAAAGUUAGUGGAUUUGGAAAGGCCUCAAGAUUGGAUAGCAGACACGAUUUCAAAAAUCGAUGACACUGCGACGUCGAAGGACCACAGGGAGCGGCUCCGCGGGACUACAGAACGCGCGCCGUCUCUGACCAUUUGUUACGAAAAGCCGUUUGCCAGCUCGUCUGUUGCAGAAGAUGAGAACAAGACUCAGAAACUAAUAGCUACUAUACCUGACAUCGUGCAAUUACGAACUGAAUUGCUGACGUUGCGAAGAUGAUAUUCUGAACUACUUUCGUUUUCGUUUAGGAACGUCGGCGUGUAGUUGAGCCGAAGCUCGAAUACUGACCGACCCAGCCUCGUUCCUGCCUCGUAAACAAGACGUGACAAAAGCUUACAGCCACUGGUGUUGCUGCGGCAGUGCGUUCGAG